UAUGCGUGCAAAAAUUAAUAGAAGUUAUGAAGUUAUUGCUGCUUACGACCUUACUAGCGGUUCUGCAAUCGCAAGUCCUUGGCGACGACUAUUGCUUUGGAAAAGACACAGAAAGACCGCAAACAAGGCAUUUCACUUCGAAGACAGCAUAUCAAAUUAUUAAAGGAACAAAUUUUGAUUCAUUUUAUGAUGUACCCGGCUGCACAGCAAAGAAAAUCUGGAUCUUGCAUAGACAUGGAACAAGAUUGCCUUCCAAAAGCACCAUUGAAAAGGCUCCCAGGCUAGAGGAGUUACGAGACUCAAUUGUGAAAAACUAUCGUGUUUUCAAAACGAAACCGGCUACUAAUGCGCUUUGUCAGGAAGAUUUGAUUGCAUUGCAAAUGUGGAAGUGGAAUACCAGUAUUACACCUGAUCAAGAGAACUACUUAACCAGUCAGGGCUACGAAGAUCUCAGAGGUACAUCAAAACUCUAUCAAAAAUAUUAUCCUGAAAUCUUAACCAAGCCAUACAAUAAAUCGGUGUAUUUGUUUCGUCAUACUGAUACACAAAGAACUACAGAAAGUUUCAAAGCUUUCACUGAAGGACUUUUUGGUGCUAACAACGGUGCUCAGGAAGAACAAGUGCAAGGUGAUGACUUACUAUUACGUCCUUAUGACUAUUGUGAAUCAUGGAAAGCACAUGAUUAUAGCAGUUCCACGUCAGAAACAGGCAAAUUCAGAAAUUCAACCAUAUGGAAUAAUACGCUCGAUGAAGUCUCUAAACGUUUGGGCUUCCAGUAUACAUUGGAAGCAAGUGAUGUUGACCUCAUGUAUGAUAUGUGCCGUUACGAACAGGCUUGGCAAGUUGAUCGCACCUCUGUUUGGUGUGCGGCUUUCACUCCUGAGCAGGUUACGAUUUUCGAGUAUGAGGACGAUUUGAAGUACUACUACAAAUUAGGCUACGGUUUUGAGGGUAACACACGUCUUAACUGCCGCGCUGUUAAGGAUAUGCUGAAUCAUUUAAAUACUGAUAGUCUACCAAAUGUUGUUGCCUAUUUCGGACAUUCUUCUGGCGUACAAACUCUAAUUACCGCUUUGGGUAUUAACAAAGACGACAUUAAGCUCACUGCUGCUAAUUACAAUGAAUUGUCCUACCGCCGUUGGAAGACAAGCAACAUUGAUCCUUUCGCUUCUAAUUUCGUUGCUGUUAAGUUUGACUGUCAAGCUGCUCCCAAGGAAAAAGUAAUAUUUUUCCUCAACCAAUACGCUGUUGACUUGAACUGGUGUAAAGUUGGUCUCUGCGACUGGGAUGAAGUUAUGAAGCGCUAUAAGACAUUCUAUGAAGCCGAUUGCGCCGAUUAUUAUUGUGACAGUGCUGUUGGUGUGGGCGUGUCAUUGAUUUCGGUACUGUUCGCUGCCAUUGUUUACUUAAUUAAUUUUUAAAUUAAUCUGUAAUUAAAUGUAAAAAAAACAUACUUUAAACGCUAGUUCAAUUUUACUUUUUUCCAGUCUUUUAACGAAAUCAACUGUAAAAACUAAACGAUAUCACGUACAAAUUUAAGCCAAAAUAUAUCACAUUUAAAUAGUUUUUUUAUGAUAUUUUUUUUAAAACAGUUUUUUUAAACUUAAUGAAUUGCAGUCAGACAUUGUUUUAGUGAAAUAUACAAAUUCCAAUUCAUUCAAACCAAUGAAACGCACAAAUUGUAUUAAUUUUUUUAAGGUACGAAUUAUACAAAAAUAUUUAUUUAAUUUUAUCGCUACGACAACAAAUUGUUUGAAAUAAA